AUGGCUGCCAUUCGCAAGGGCGAAAAUCCCGCUUCUGCUGAUACAUCAAGCGACAAGAUGGAAUCAGUUCAAGAAUUUCAUUCUGAGGUAACUAACAUGGACAAGGUAGACCGGGACCCAGCAACCAACCGGUUGGCCUAUGCCCAGAAUAUGAGCCAAGAGGAGUAUCUUGCAGCAGAGAAGUCAUUGAAACGGAAGCUUGACUACCGUUUGCUGUCUAUGCUGUGGCUUAUCUUCAUACUCAACUACUUGGAUCGCAAAAAUAUCGCUGCAGCCAAAGUCGCAGGCAUGCAAGAGGAUCUCGGCCUCAGCUCGACCCAAUAUGCAACCUCCAUUGCUUUGCUUUUCGUGGGCUAUAUUCUCAUGCAACUUCCCUCAAACAUCUACCUUGCGCAGGUCAGGCCGAGUUUGUAUUUACCAACAGUGAUGAUGGUUUGGGGCGUCAUUUCUGCUCUCACUGGUAUUUGCAACAAUGCAGGCGGUCUUUACGCUACCCGCUUCCUCUUGGGUAUCGUUGAAGCAGCAUACUAUCCUGGCGCACUAUUCCUGCUGUCUUCAUGGUACCGCCGGUCUGAAUUGGGGUUUCGUGGCGCUCUGCUUUUCUCCGGCUCCCAGAUAGGAUCCGCCUUUUCAGGUCUCAUCGGAGCUGGCAUUCAGAGAGGCAUGGACGGAGUACGAGGUCUAGAAUCCUGGCGCUGGAUUUUCAUUAUUGAAGGCGCGAUAACUGUCUUCGUCGCUUUCUGCGCAUACUUCGUUCUGCCCGACUGGCCAUCGACCACUAAAUGGCUCUCCCCCAGUGAACGAGCCGUUGCCGAAUGGCGACUCAUUCAAGAUGCUGGUCAGGUCGAUGAAGAUGACGAGUCCUGGUCGUACGGCUUCGGGCUCUGUUUUAAAGAUUGGCGCGUCUAUAUCUUUGCUCUUAUGCUUCUUUGCGUGCAAGUAUCUUCUGCUACAUCAAACUUUUUUCCCUCUGUGGUGGAAACACUUGGCUUUGGCAAGGUUCAAACUUUGUUGCUCACUGUACCCCCUUACAUGGUAACGCUGGCGGUUUCAGUGGCAAAUAACUAUUCAGCAGACCGUCUUCAGAACUCAAGCUUCCACAUUGUAUGGCCCAUGACUAUGGCCAUCCUGGGAUAUAUCAUCGCUGCUACAACUACGGGCGUUGGGCCCAGAUAUUUCGCCAUGAUCAUCAUGCUUGCUGGUGCAUAUGGCUCCAAUGCAGUUCUUGUUGCAUGGACGCAGAAGACCAUGCUUCGUCCACGCAUCAAGCGCGCCUCCGCCGUCGCAUUCGUCAACGGUUUCGGCAACAUCGCUCAAGUGUUUAGCUCUUAUCUUUAUCCCGAUGAAAGUGCACCACGAUACGUUCUUGCAAUGGCCACAAACAGCGGCUUCGCUCUGGUGGCCAUUGUGCUUGCCCUUUUCAUGCGAUUUGUGUUGUUGCGAGCAAAUAAAAAAUUGUCAGCCGGUGAUUCAGCCGUUGGUGAGGUCAUGGUAGGAGAGGCGCGUGCAGAGAUUCAAGGUAUUAGUGAAGAAGAGCGUCGCACUAGGAAGGAAGGGUUUCGCUAUAUUGCGUAG